UUCAGACAAACGUACACGUUCUAGCACCCCAAAUCUGAAAGAACCCGUGAAUUUGUGCCAGAAACCUUACAUCAAAUUUGGGGGUCAUAGAAUACUGCCCAUGUCACAAAAGCGAUCCCGCAAAUCCUUCGAAGACGAGCCCAAAGACCAAGAGUCGUACGUCGUCUACGGCACUCCUCUACCACCCCUCGAUCCCGACGUUCGCGACGACGGCUCCUACGUCCCAGUAUGGAAACAAGAGGUUCGGGAUGAGCGCGGCCGCAAGCGCCUCCAUGGAGCCUUUACAGGGGGAUGGAGUGCGGGAUACUUCAACACCGUCGGGUCCAAGGAAGGGUGGGCACCCUCUACAUUUGUCUCGUCGCGCGCGAAUCGCCGGAAGGAUGACACUACUGCUAAGCAACAGAAGCCGGAGGACUUCAUGGAUGAUGAGGAUCUCGCCGACGCGGAAGAGGCAAGGAAGCUACAGACUGCGCAGGGGUUCGCCGGACUAGGGUCUACCGAUGAGGAUGGGCUUUCUCGACGGGGAGGGCUUACGGAUUUGUUCCGCGUAAAGGGGGAUACGAUGGGGAAGAAACUACUAAGGAAGAUGGGCUGGAAAGAUGGUCAGGGAAUUGGUCCUAAAAUCCGCCGGAAAGCUCGACUUGAUGCCGGUAGCAACAAGUUAAGCGGUAUUGCUCAGGAUGGAGGCGAGACGUAUCUCUUUGCGCCAGAUAACGUAGCCAUGAUCUCGUUCAACAAGAAAUUAGAUCGAAAGGGGCUAGGUCACCGAGGAGAAUCACGAUUAACACAGAUGAGAGCAAACACACGAGCGGAAGCCGGUUCGAGCUCCGACGAGGACUCGCAAAAUGGACCUUUAAUACGUCCCAACGCGCUAAAGAAGAAGAAGCCGAGUAAAUUCGGAAAGGGCGGUAUAGGCAUCGGCGUUCUCAACGACACGGGAUCCGACGAUGAGGACCCGUAUGAGAUCGGGCCGCGGAUAUCGUACAACCGGGUCAUAGGAGGCGACAAAAAGAAGAAGAAAGCGACAAGCACAACUACGUCAGCCAACCCAGCGCUGCGCUCAGCACCAGUUUUCAUAUCCCGCAAGAAAACCCUCGCUCAAGCGGGAAAAAACCUGCGAAAAUGCCACGAUGGCCGCCUCCCCCUCGACGGCUUCAUCUUCGGCACACAAACAGACGACUUGGCAUCGUCCAUCAACUCCGAAGUUAACAAAUACCCAGCCCCCAUCAUACCAGCCGACUGGAAGUCCAGCAAACAACGCAAACCCGACCCCUCAACCUCAAACACAACCUACAUUUCCACCGCCGACGCAGCCCGCGCCUCCAAACUAGACGCGCGCUCCCGCGCCGAACUCUUAGGUGAAGCCCAACUCCAAGGCAAAUCCGUCUUCGACUUCCUCUCCUCCACGGCACGCAAGCGCCUCGCCUCCGCAACCGGAAACCGCAACCUGCCCCCAGCCCUCGGCGAGAUCCCCUCCGGCUACGCCUUAAGCGACGCAGAAAAACAGCAACAACUCCUGCGCCAAAUCCCGACCAUCGACAAAGCAACCGCCGUAGCAGCAAUCGCCCGAGGCGCCGCCGGCAACGGCACCGCGCCAUACGCCGACGACGAGGCUAAGCGCAGCAGGUACAGGAAAUAUCUCGAAUGGGCCGCGGGUUUCGCCGCCUCCCCGCCCGACAAAUCCCCCGCCGUUUCCGCGGAAGCGUAUCUCCGCGAACUCCACGAGUUUCAGAAAUGCGCGUUGAUCUUUAAACCCAUGACCGGCGCCAUGGCGUCCCGAUUCACCACAUCAACGGCUUCAUCGUCGAGUUUACUAAAAGGAAACGCGAGCGGGGGAGCGGAUGCAGAUGCGGUGGUGAGCAGACCGCCCCCCAAACCGACGGAUCCGGCGGAGCAGGCGGCGGGGAUGGGGAUGUACGGCUCUAUGACGCGGAAGGUGGCGGAUUUUUAUCCGACGAGGUUGCUUUGCAAGAGGUUUAAUGUGAGGCCUCCUGCGCACGUGCAGCCGGAUCCGGAGCGCGAGGGAGGAGGAGUGGGAGGGGGUGCGGGUGUGGCGAAGGGGAGGGCCGCGGAUCCGUUUAGGGCGUUUGUUUCUGGAGGGGUGUAUUCGGAGAAUGCGAUGACGCUGGAUGAGUUAGUUAGAUCUGCGGGGACGGAGGCGCAGACGCCGGCACAGGUAGGGGAGGCGGUGACGGUGCCGGAAGGAACGCUGAAACCCCAGGCCCCGCAGGUGGUGGUUAAUGCGGAGGUUAAUGAGGUUUUGGAGGGGAAGAGGGCGGAGGAUGAUGUCCUGAAGGCCAUUUUUGGGGACAGUAGUGAUGAUGAGGAUUAACUGGGGGAGUGAGAGUAUGAAGCUGAUAAUUAUACCCCAUUGAAUACGAAUGUUCAAAGUCUAGGUAGACAUACCUAUUUACUUAUUGAUGAAGCACGGAUGU